AAUGGAGUCCCCGCAUCCGAAAAACACUUGUCUAAACUUUAUCAAACGCGUUUGGACCAAACUAGUUGGGGCUCCGGACGAAAAACUCGAACACAACCGGCUUGUGAAUCAGCUGAAGAAGCAGCGUAGCGAGGAAUUUAGUGCAGAGUAUAUAACGGAACAGCUCAAGUAUGCCGUGACGGAGAACUUGCUGAUCGAAAGUAGUUCGCCGCGAGGACGCGGCAAGCAAAAACCGCCAUCCGUAUCGUACACACUACCAAAAUUGCAAGAUCAGCAGUUUUUCGCGGAGGAGCAGCCCGAUUAUUGGUGUUACGAGUGCCACUUGGCUACGGCUACGAGUGCCACUUACGAGAGCAUGGUUAAAUGCGAGUCUUGUAUGCGCAGCUUCCAUAAGAACUGCGUCAAAACGUCACACGAGAAGCAGCUCGAGUUGGAGCAGUUUAUAUCGAAGCAUCAGCGCAUAACAGUGUCUUCAUUCGGAGGGAAUGAAACGCUUAAACGCACCGGGCGUCAAUCGAUGGCCUCGGUAACGUUGACGGAAGAGAACAGCAACGAUUCCACGUUGGACGAAUCCCAAUCCGAGGACACCUCAGUCGUGUUGGAAGUGACGGAUGAAGAAUCUUCGCCACGGAACGAGCGGCAGUCGCAGGAUGGCACGGUGAAGCAUGAAUGUUCAGGAUCGGAGCAAGAGGAUUCCACUGUGAAACAGGAAGAGCAGGACACGAAACACACGAUGAGCGAGGUAGAUGAGCCAGAGUUUGUGUGCAUUGUUCGUCUACCGAAUCGUCGGGAACGGCUUAGUACACCACACGUUAAGCCGGAAGACGAAACGAAUUCGGCUGCGGCCAGUGGUACGGAAGAAGAUUUAAUGCAUCGUUUCUGCUACGCUUGUCGGCUCCAGCGGGAAGCGGGUUCUACCGCACCGACUAACUUAACCAAACGGGAACUCAACUAUUUGCUGGACUUCAUGAUGCAACGAUACCGGACGUGGCUGCCAGAUGAUACGUUCUCGGCGACGAAACUUAUGCAACCGAGCAGCCGAUCCGGUCUGCAACGGAAGGUGAUCGAAAUCUGCAAACGGCUGCUGCUCCGUUUCCCAAAGUCACUCGACGACAUUCUAAAGGCAGUCGCCACGGACCAGUACACUACGCUGCAAGAGUUUCAGGUCGAUCUGCAAGACGUUGUGCAUAAUGUGGCCAUCAUCCAUGGAGUGUCUUCGGGAGAGUACAUUGCUGUGAUGUACCUGUUGGCAGACUGCGUGUACGAUAUGGCCGAGAUAAACCAGUGUCCGGAUUGCUUUCGCCAUUCGAAUGAACGAAUCGAACCGGACUGGUUCACCCGGCCGUGCGCAACGCGCCACGAGCUGGUGUACGCCAAACAGAAGAGCUUUCAGUACUGGCCGGCGAAGGUGGUGCGCGUGCUGAACAACAAAUAUGACGUACGAUUCUUCGGCGAACAUACGCGGGCUCUGGUGCCAGCUGCGUGCGUCAAACCGAUCGAUACAGACCCGCGGACGCUGAAAAUUAACCCACGAAAAAGUGGUUACGAGGCGGCGAUGAGGGAGCUGACCAAACAUCAGGCGCUUCUGGGUGGGCCCCGAGAAAGAUUCUCAUUUGGCAGUAGUGAUCAGUCGGGGGGCAGCUUGGAGACUCCAAGUAAAACCACCCGACGCAGUAUGUUGAAGCGGCACAGUGAGAAUCCAACGUCGUCCAAAGCGUCCAAAAAGCAAAAAAUGAACAACGGAACGGCAUCGGACGUCACUACUCCAAAUAACAAAUCAGCGCCCGUUGCGGCGAAUGUUUCGCCACAGCACAGUGUUAGCACGAGCAACGGCGUCGCAGUCGCCACCAUCAACCCGACUCCUCGGUUGCCGCGCACGAAACAGAACCUGAAGAUGACCCAGGGUGACAUCGAUCUCAAUUGGGUCAAAUCGCAGCUCGAUCAAGCGCACGAUCUGGAGAAGGUGAAGGAGGUGGCACUGCAGAUCGUGCGGGAUUAUAACGAACGGCACCGCUCGGCCAUUGAAUCGUUGAAAAACUCGCACAACAAUCGCAUCGCGGAGGUGAAGAAAAAGCAAUGGUGUUGCGUGUGCGAAAAGCCAGCCAGCUACUACUGCUGCUGGAAUGCGGCGUAUUGUUCACGGGCUUGUCAGCAAUCCCAUUGGCCAGCGCACAAAACUCAUCACAAACCGGCGCAGCACACCAAGUGAAUAACGAUCUGCUAAGCAUAAGUUUAAUCAGUUAAGACCGCAUUUAAAGCGGAUAGACAUUCAUCCGUAGGUUUGCCGUGUUUUGAAUUUAUUGAUUUUUUUGUUUGAAGUUUUCUCUUUGAAUUUCCAAUGUGAUUGUUUGAUUUAAAAAGAACAAAAGGCAAACUCAAAACGUUAAUUAUUUUAUGAAAUAAAAAUCCGU